UUAUACAAAAUUUAUUACAUUCAAACCCCACAUACAAAAAAAGUUACCAUAAGUAUAUGUUUUAAGCUUGAUCUUGGAAAAAAAAAAAAAGAUUUCGAAAAACAUUAAUUUGUAAUUAACUUAAUUUAUGGAGGGCUUAAAAGAAUCUAUGAUUCCAAGCUAUCUAUAUUCUUCUAAGUUUAAAACCGGAUUUAGUAAUGAUCAUUUGGUGUCAAAUAAGGGGAAUUCAUCUAAGUCAACGUCAUUUUUGAGUUCAGAAAUGGAUCCUGUUGAGAAAAGAGGCUUUGUGGUGGCAGCUCCAAGUGAGCCUGGCAAGAUUAAGAUGUUUUCGCCUGCUUAUUAUGCGGCGUGUACUAUUGGUGGUACUUUGGCUUGUGGGACCACUCACACGGCUGUUACUCCGUUGGAUGUUGUCAAAUGUAAUAUGCAGAUUGACCCUGUAAAGUACAAGACCAUUUCAUCCGGAUUCGGGGUAUUGCUCAAAGAGCAGGGAUUGAAAGGAUUUUAUAAGGGAUGGGCGCCAACUUUACUCGGUUACAGUGUACAAGGUGCUAGCAAGUAUGGUUUUUACGAAUAUUUCAAGAAAACCUACUCUGAUAUCGUUGGUCCUGAGUACGCUACCAAGUAUAAAACAUUGAUUUACCUUGCUGGUUCUGCAUCCGCUGAAAUUAUUGCAGACAUUGCCCUUUGCCCUUUUGAAGCAGUUAAGGUUCGUGUUCAAACGCAACCUGGAUUUGCUAGGGGUUUGUCGGAUGGCCUUCCAAAGAUUAUCAAGGCUGAAGGUGUUGCAGGGCUAUACAAGGGGCUAACUCCUCUAUGGGGACGACAGAUUCCAUAUACAAUGAUGAAGUUUGCAUCUUUUGAAACAAUCGUUGAGAUGAUGUACAAGCAUGCUAUCCCUACACCGAAGGAAGAAUGUAGCAAAAAUUUUCAGCUUGGAGUGAGCUUUGCUGGUGGUUAUGUGGCUGGUAUAUUCUGUGCCGUCGUUUCUCACCCGGCUGAUAAUUUAGUCUCUUUCCUCAACAAUGCUCAGGGAGCUACCGUUGGAGAUGCUGUCAAGAAGCUAGGUUUGUGGGGUCUUGCUACUCGUGGUCUUCCUCUUCGUAUCGUUAUGAUUGGAACUCUUACAGGGGUACAAUGGGGUAUCUAUGAUGCUUUCAAAGUUUUUGUUGGGCUGCCAACUACUGGUGGUACUCCUCCUGCUACUGCUGCAAAGUAGAUUACCAGACGACUGUCAACGAAAUAAGGCGAUUUUGUAUCAUAAACGGCACAAAGAACAAUCUACUCUCGAUAUGAAAACAUUAUCAGCAGUGUGAUACUAAGUAGUUAAAUUAUUUAGUCCAGUGUGGAAUCUACUCUCGUAUACGAUUCUUAAAGAGAGAAAAUUCCUUCCAUUUUUUCCAAUGUCUAGUACUAUUAGUCCAAGCCAUUAUUUACGUCAUUAUAGAUGGAAAAUAUAAACACCAUUUACAUAUGUAGCAAACUAUUUUUGUUUUCUGUAUGAGUUGGUUACCCUUCUUUUUUUGUAAUGAAUAAUGGAUACCACAAA